UAAAAUUUCUCUCUUUUUCUCCCUUCUCUUCUUAGCUCCUCUUCUCUCCAUUAGAUCUUCAAAACCCAUUGAGGGUUUGUUCUCUACUGAUUAUCCGUUCAGUUUCUUUCCUAAUUUAGGCUAUUUUUGUUGCUCAAUUUAUAGUUUUUUUGUGUGGUAGUGUGAUAAUCUUGAUUUUCAGUUUAUUGCUCUUAGUGGGUUGUUGUAAUUCUCGAAAUUAAGAUGCAACAAGAUCAUCAUCGCAAAAAGAAUACCAAAGAAGUGGAGUUUUUUACAGAGUAUGGAGAUGCAACUAGGUAUAAAAUUCUGGAAGUAAUAGGGAAGGGAAGUUAUGGAGUUGUAUGUGCUGCUAUCGACACUCAUACCGGAGAAAAAGUGGCAAUAAAGAAAAUAACUGAUAUUUUCGAGCACACGUCUGAUGCAAUUCGAAUUUUGCGCGAAAUUAAAUUGCUUAGACUUUUAAGGCAUCCUGAUAUCGUGGAUAUUAAGCGAAUCAUGUUACCACCUUCAAGACGAGACUUCAGAGAUAUUUACGUUGUUUUUGAGCUUAUGGAAUCUGAUCUUCACCAUGUCAUUAAAGCUAAUGAUGACUUGACACAUGAACACCAUCGCUUUUUCCUAUAUCAGAUGCUACGAGCACUGAAGUAUAUGCACACAGCAAAUGUCUACCAUCGAGAUCUUAAGCCGAAAAACAUAUUGGCAAAUGCAAAUUGUAAACUCAAAAUAUGUGACCUUGGAUUGGCAAGGGUUGCAUUCAGUGAUACUCCAACCACAGUACUUUGGACGGAUUAUGUUGCUACAAGGUGGUACAGGGCUCCUGAAUUAUGUGGAUCUUUCUUUUCCAAGUAUACACCUGCUAUUGAUAUUUGGAGUAUUGGCUGCAUUUUCGCGGAGGUACUAACAGGAAAACCAUUGUUCCCCGGAAAAAGUAUUGUUCAUCAGUUAGAUUUGAUGACUGAUCUUCUUGGGACACCGUCAGCUGAUACAAUAUCUGGGGUUCGUAAUGAGAAGGCAAGAAAGUAUUUGAAUAGCAUGCGGAAAAAGAACCCAGUUCCUUUUACUGAGAAAUUUCCAGAUGCAGAUCCGUUGGUGCUCCAACUAUUGCAGAGGUUGUUAGCAUUUGAUCCAAAGGACAGACCAACUGCUGAAGAGGCUUUAUCCGAUCCUUAUUUCAAGGGACUGGCCAAGAUUGAGAGGGAACCUUCUUGUCGACCAAUCUCAAAUCUGGAAUUUGAAUUUGAGAAGCGAAGGGUAACAAAGGAGGAUAUUAAGGAACUAAUUUAUCGAGAGAUAUUGGAAUAUCAUCCUCAACUUCAGAAGGAUUACAUAGCUGGAAAUGAUGGCACCAACUUUCUCUAUCCUAGUGCAGGUGGUCAGUUCAGAAGGCAAUUUGCUUAUCUUGAGGAAAAUAGUGGUAAAAAUGGGCCAGUUAUUCCUCUUGGUAGAAAGCACGUCUCUCUCCCACGAUCUACGGUUAACUCUAGCACCAUUCCCCCCAAAGCUCGGCAGAACUUCUCUGUGUUUGAUCAUAGGCAAGUAACAGAAAAAGCAGCUACUGAUGUCAGAGUCUCAGAGACAGUCUCAGGAACUACACAAAACGUUUCACGGCCACCACAUCGAGUCCCUACAGCCAAACCUGGGAGAGUUGUAGGGCCAAUUUUAUCAUAUGAUGGAGGCGUACAUACCCAGAAUACCUUCCUUGCUCAUGGCAUUUCUCCACAUUAUAUGUUCAGGAUGAACCCUGAGAUUCGAGAGAAGGAUGGUACAGAAGCCAAGGACACCACACAAGUUAGAGAUGGAGCUGCAAAAGGCAUGGUUGCCAAACCAACAGCAAGCGUGAAUGUUGAGAUGAACACCAACCCAUAUUAUCAGACACAAGAAAAAGUAGCACAGUUGCGUGGUCAAAUUGCAAUAGAUGCAAAACUACUGCAGGCACAAACACAAUUUGGUGUAGUCUGACUUAGCAGACUGUAUGCUGACGUUCUUUCAAUGGAGAAGUCCACCUUUGAGUUGAGACGACACGACGAUUCAAGGUAUGCAUGUUCAUUUUACCAAGCAGUUCGCCACUGAUUGGAGGUGGAAUUUUUUUACACGGUUGAUGAUACAUACAUCACGCUGAUAUCUAGAUAGGGGUCUCUUUGUAAAAACUAGGCAUUUUUUGUUCAUUUUACCGUGCUGAGUUAGUAUCUAUGCCCCUGUAAAUUUGUAGGCUCUAGCUACUGCAGUAUUGAUCCUAUUAAUGAAUAUAAUUGUUGUUCUUCA